AUUUCAACCACUCAGAGCCAUUACAGAGUUCAACCAUCCUCGGUAUAACCGUUUCGUCGUAGGCGUGACCUCCAAGAGUCCCCCAACGUCGGCGAAGUUGUGCAUAGUUCUAGGAGGACCUUCCAUAUUCAGCAGUUCGAUUUGUGUAAACACCGAAACCCAUGCACGGGCAUGGAAAACUUCAUCUACGGGUGCAUUGCUGGUCAUGUUUUGUGUGACCGAUAUAGAAGUCCGUUUCUCAGCCAAGGUUCCAUCUGCCUCGGCCACUUUGAGAGUUGAACAGCAUAAAGGAAGAGCUGUUUCCCUCCAGAAAGAAGCAGCAGGUUGCUAAGGUCAAUCGCCAAUUCCUCCACCAGCUCAAGCGUCAAAGCAGUUUCUCAGUUCUGCUGAAAUUCACCGGUCCAGUCCUAUCCAACGAAUCUCUUGACUCCGUCCUCUACCGUCAAAAUGGUCAAGUCUCUCUUCGUGACCUCUGCUUUGCUCAGCCUGGUGGCAGCCAACCCCAUUGAGAUUCGUCAGACCGGUGUGAAUUCAAAUGAGUUCUCGCAAGGAGGAUGCAGGCCCAUCCUCUUCGCCUGGGCUCGUGGUUCUACGGAGGCUGGCAACAUGGGCACGGUUGUCGGGCCCCCAACGUCUAAUGGGUUGAAGCGAAUCUUUGGCAACUCCAAUGUCGCGACGGAAGGUGUUGCAUAUGCAGCUCUGCUUUCUACCAACGCUCUUCCAGGUGGGACCGAUUCUGCUAGCAAGAACCUCUUCAAGAACACCCUCAACUCCAUGGCAUCCAAGUGCCCAGACAGCGUCAUCGUCACUGGUGGUUACAGCCAGGGUGCUGCCGUCAACCACCGCGCCAUCGAAGAGCUCUCGCAAUCUGUGAAGGACCGCAUCGUCGGCACUGUCCUCUAUGGUGACACGCAAAAGCAGCAGGACAAUAACCAGAUCCCGAACUUCCCCAAGGAUAAGGUGCUCAUUAUUUGCAAUCCUGGAGACCUUGUUUGCACCGGCAGCCUUGUCGUUCUUGCUCCUCACCUGGCCUAUGGCGCCCGCGCCGAUGAGGGUGUCAACUUCCUGGCCCAGAAGAUCCGAGCUGCGCAGGCCAAUGUCAAGGCGAGGAAUAUCCAGCGUGCCGUCGAGGAGAGUGUUGCUGAUCUUGUCGAGGGUGUUGAGGUCGCCGCCUAG